UCAGGAGCAAUGCUUUCCAGACCAGAAACGUUAGACCACAUACUCUUUCACAAAUAGGGGGAGAGCCUCAGAGCCAACUCUACCGUACCAUCCAGCAUCAUUGUCCUUCGCCGCGCAGUAGUGUAGGUCUUGGCACUGGAUAAACUUGACGCACGUCAAGCACUGCGACUAGAGGAGUAGGUCAGAAUCAGGCAGUCAGGAGGCGUUGGCAAGAACCACAGAGCUCCGAGGAACGAUGAAGAGGAGCUCUGCCUUGGAUCACAACUCCAGCGCAUUUGCUCUCGCUAUAGCGUUAUGCGCAAUAAAUAUAUUCCUCCUCGCAGCUCUCGCCGUUAUCCUCGCGCAACCGGGCCUCUCUCCUCUGUCGUUCCAAAAAUCAGCCGAACCAAGGCUUGACAAUACCGCCGAGGCUGACGUUGAGGCUCGGCAGGUCCCGCAGCUAAGCAAUAGCUUCGGAAACGGCGAGAUCGAAGUGCAAGUGGAGGUCGAGCAGACCCUUGAUGUUAAGGAUGUGCAUCAUAAUGAGGCACCUUACAACGAGGACGGGAGCGCAUCCCUUGAGGCCAAGCAGGAGAUUGAGUGGGACGACGAGGGUUACGUUUCCCGUGAAUCGUUACAAGCACUGGCGAGCGACGUGGCUGUUAACGGGACGGUCGUUGUACUCGUUACAAACAUCGGCUACGCGGAUUUUCUGCUCAACUGGGCGGUGUAUGCGGGCGAGCUGGGGUACGGUCGUAAUUUUCUUGUGUUCGCUGAGGACAUGGAGAGCUUCGACCUGCUGAGGGAGAGGUUCCCCCGACAGGUGUUGCGCUGGCACGUUCCCGAGAUCGAGCAGGCGGGGGAGGCGGAACUGAGAGCCGCGGGGAUAGGGGAGGGGGAAGGGGAGGGCGCAAAGCAGGGGGAGGCGGAACGAAAGGCCGGGGGAACAGCGGAGGGCCAAGUGCAACGAGGCUCAAGGCGAAGGCGAUUGCUGUCGGAUAGGGGGAGUGGCGGCAGUGUGAGCAGCGGCGAAGACAACAGCAGCAGCAGUACCAGUGGCAGCAGCGGCAGCAGCGACAACAGUAGCAGCAGCAGCAGCAGCAGCAGCAGCGGCGGCGGCAGCGGCGGCGGCGGUGGCGGUGGCAGCGACAACAGUGCCAGAAGCAGCAGCGGUGGCAGCGGAAGCAGUAGUCUCGCCUAUGCCACCGCUGGCUUUAAACGCAUGAUGUACCGCCGGGUCGCCUAUAUCCGCACGCUCCUCGACAUGGGCUUUAACGUCCUCAUCUGCGACUCGGACUUCAUCUGGAUGAAAGACCCGCUCCCCUUCGUCCACGCCACCCCCCCACCGCAAGCCAUCCGCGACAGCCGCAGCGACGGUGACGCCUUCCCCGUGCGAGGCUACGACGUCGUGGGCGUCAGAGAGCUGCCGGAUUCCGCCGAUUUCAACGCCACCGGCACGUACCCCAUGGCGCGAGAUUCGGCAAAUAUCCAGACCGCGAAAGUCUGCGGCGGGUUUGUGUUUCUUCGGAGCUCCCCGGGCGGGCGGCUCGUCCUCGACGCCUGGUCACUGAAAAUUGCCCGCGCGGUCAGGAUUCGUGGGAAUGAAAAUGACCAGUUUUACCUCGGCGUGGCUGUAAGCGAUGUGAUUAAAAUGAGCCCGGCGCCACUGGUGGGAGUGCUGCCGCAGAAGCUGUUUCCGCCUGGGUGGCUGUAUUUCAGAGGGGAUAGUAACAUGCCGCCCGGGACUAGGGAGGAGCCUUGGUGGCAGUUGGAGGAGGAGGAGAAGGUGAGGGUGGUUACUGUACAUAAUAACUGGUUGAUGGGAAAGGGUAAGAAGCUGGCACGGUUUAAGAAGAACAAGCUGUGGAAACUAGAGUAGGCAAGGAGCUGGUACUGUAGUAGGUCUGUUCAUGUGGCCCCAACUAGUAGUCUGUAACAAAGCUAGUGCACUGAUUUGUCCCAAAUUGAGUAGUCUGUCACCUGUGCUGUGAUGUGUAUAGGAAUAGAGUCGUAGACAGGGC